AUGCGCUUCCUGCUGCUCUUCAGUCGCCAGGGGAGGCUGCGGCUGCAGAAAUGGUUCACACCCAUGCCGGAGAGGGAGAAGAAGAAUAUCAGGGAUAUGACCACCCUGGUGCUGGCACGGAAACCGCGCUCCUGCAACUUCCUCCACUGGAAAGACCUUAAAGUUGUUUACAAGAGGUACGCCAGUUUGUAUUUCUGCCUGGCCCUGGAGGACCAGGAAAAUGAACUCUUAGCCCUGGAGAUACUGCACCGCUACGUGGAGUUGCUGGACAAGUACUUCGGCAAUGUGUGCGAGCUGGACAUAAUCUUCAACUUCGAGAAGGCUUACUUUAUCUUGGAUGAGUUUUCUGCUGGGAGAGAGAUACAGGAAACCUCCAAACAGAUAGUGGCUCACUCCAUUGAAGCCUCAGACAUGUUGCAGGAGGAUGACCACAGUGAGUGGUAUGAGGUGGAGCUGUUUGGAUGACCUUGAAUAUGGACAGAAAGACCAUGGAGGAGUAUAGAGCAAACCGGCCUUUUAGUAGCACGGAGGAGGAUGCGACGUCAGGGAAGAACACGGGGGGGGGGGGGGGGUUCUGUAACUGUUGUGGCUCGCCUUUGACGUCUGUUUUUUUUCUCUUUUUUUUUUCUGAACAGGAAGUUGAGUGUUUACUCCUAAUCUGUACGAAUACCCGUUACCUUAAAUGUAACUUUUAGUUCGGAGCCUCGAUGUUACUUCUGAUUGGUGGUCUUUUCUCAAGCGAAGGAAAAGGGAAAUGCUUUAUGUGCUAAUUUUCACAUUUAAUGUUGUGGUUAUUGAGAAUCAGGACAGUUGUAACCAUGUAGAUUUGCUUCAUUUUUUAUAUUUAAUCCUACGUAGCCUAUGUAUUGGAAGAGAAGAGGGGGGGGGGUUUCAUUCCAAAAAAAAAAACCCAAAACAAUCUAAGCCUAUUUUAUAUCCAACUGCCUUAAAAUCAUCAGCCAACACAGAAUAAUAAUCUGUCUGCAGACGUUCACUAAGCAAUUUCAUAACAAAGCCUUGUUAGGCUCAUGCCAGCAAGUACUGUGUACGAAGUAUCGGUGGGUUUUGUUGUUGUUUGUUUUGUUUGUUUUGUUUUUGUUUGUCGGAUGCUGGUUAUCUGUUUCAGCAGAAACCAUUCAUGAAGACUCGCCCCUCACUGUUGGUAGGAUAUCAGAUAUCCUUAUUUCACAUAGCUUAGCGCUGGUGGGGCCAUUCAUCUUUGUUAUGGGUGGUUGUGUGUGUGUGUGUGUGUGUGUGUGUG